ACCUAUAUAAUCUUAUACAUUCGAUUAUUUACGUUAUGUUGAGUUUUGUGGCCACUUGGCCAGAAGAUCAAAUUCUCCUGCUGGAAGUUUUGUACCUCCUAUUUACGUAUGUACUUCAUCUCGAAAUAAUCAGCUAAUUUUCUUUCACCAUGAACCAUCGUCGAUAUAAUAUGAUGUCCAAUGGGGGACAAUAAUUCGCCUGAAUUCGCUUGUGACACCCGAGGGAUGACAUUUUUACUUGUGCAAGAGGUACAGAAAUCAAAAUGACACGACACCCUGUUCAGUUCAGUGCCUGCUAUUUUUUUUACCAUGAUCUACCAUCGAUAUGAUGUUAAUGCGAUAACCAGAAAAUUCAAAAGAAAAACAAAAACUAGUCAAGGAAAACAAUCGCUGUGCCGAGCUGAAAGACAUGCAUUCCAAAUCAUAUCUUCAUUUCUUCAUUUUGAUUGGGUUUCUUAGCAUCUCAAUUCAUGGAUUCCAUAUUGUGAAUAAUUCUGACACACAUUCCAUAAGCGGAUCGAUUCGGUCUAUUGCUCUACCUAAAAGCAUGUCUACAUCCCUAAUAGAAUCUUUCAUCGAACUGAAUAAACAGAUAACGUUUGUACAAGUUCAUUUGGAAACCAAGACGAGAGAUUUGGAAACCAAGACGAGAGAUUUGGAAAAACGAAACAUUGAAUUGAGUCUGAAAGAAAAAGAGGCUGAAAAACGAGUGGAUGAAAUAAAAAGCGUAGAGCAACUACUCAAGCAAAAGGAAGUAUACAUCAAUAAAACAGCUGAAACUCUCAAUAAAACUGACUCUCAAGUAAAACUUAGAGAGGCAGAAGUAAAACAAAAGGAAGACACAAUCAACAAAAAAGAAACUGAAGUCAAAAACAAUGAAGAAUUGUUAAAAACACGAGAAAAACAGUUGAAUGAAAAAGAAAACGAAUUGGAGAAUGGAGAGGUGUGGAAUCAAAUAGUGCGAUUGAAACAGAAGGAAGAAAAUAUUGAGAAAACUGAAACUGAAAUCAAAAAGAGAGAAACAAUUUUGAAAAGAAAAGAAGAAAUAUUCAGGCGAAUAGAUAAUAAAACCUGUUCAGUUUCUUGGGUUCGUGCAUCUAGUGGUAAUAAACCUGCAAAUGCACUUGUAGGAGGACACGUGGGAACAAUGACAUUGUACGUUGGGCGUGCAAACCAUAACGGUUCCCUGAUUCCUGGAUAUGUAGAACUCGGGAGUGUCAUUCGGAUUUCAGAUUAUGGCAUUUCAUAUUCAUACGAGGGUGACAAAUAUGAAGUUGCUACGUUUGAUGAAAAAAAUAUCUGUCGAAUCGUUUGGGUCAAGGCUUCCCAUGGCAGUGUCCCUACAAACGCAAUUGUAGGAGGAUAUGACAGUCAUGGAGAAAACUUAUAUAUCGGAAGAGCAACGUACAUGGAUAGAUUGUAUCCUGGAAAAGUACAAUCCAGUAGACAUUGCUUGCUCACUCCGUAUAGUGAAUUAAGUCACGCCGAGUAUGAAGUUGCGGUAGUCGAAUUAUUUGGCUAAGCCAUUCAUAAGUUCAACAAUUUUCCAAAAAAAAAUCCUACCUAAGAGUUUGACUAGAAAAAAAAAUGGGUUUAAGAUUUUGUUUCAUGUUUAGUUAUUAUUACAAAAAACUAUCUCGUCAUCGGUCGAAAAAAUAUAAUAAAAAAUGGUUG